AUGAACCAGCCACCAGCGCCUCCUCCUCGCCGGAAUGUUGCAAAGCUGUUCCGUCGGCAGAAUAGCUUUGCUGGCUUCCCAAGUGCUGCACUUAGCAUUUUUAAUAACAAUGCUAGCAACAAUAACAAUAAUAACAACAAUGGGAAAAGUUCAAGUAAGCCUGUGCCGACGCCAGCGUCUACUGCCCCGGAGACAUCAACAACAGACUCCUCAACAGCUCAGACAAGCACUGCUUCAGGAGGCGCAUCUGUGCCCACUUCAGCAGCACCUCCUGUAUCCGGGCCAUCGUCGUUGCCCGUGUACCAGCCUCCACCAGCUGCCAGCAGGCCACCCACAGGAUUCUAUUCUCUCCCGAGACAUAACCGGCCUGGCUACCUCACACGGAGUUUGGGCAUAGGGUUUCACCUGCUGGCCAGAACACCACAAGGAGGGUCUUCGGGUCCCACAGCGGCAGAGCAACUUGGGAUCAAUACACCAUCACUCCCCAAGUCUCAUCGGAGAAAUCUAAGUGAAGGAAACAAUGGGGAAGCUAAGCCCUUGUCUGUAAGUUCUCUCACCCGUAAAGGUUCCUCCAACAGGGAUGCUCAGCAGUCUGGAGGAGAACCGAAGCUCAAGUCGUCCUCCUCAUCUUCAAAGCGAAGUAGUAGAGAUGGGGGUGAUGGCAAACCACGGCGUCGAGAUCCAGACUACCAGACUCUUCCUCGUCGUUCAGCCAAAGACUCGUCUUCAAAACGAUCUCCAAAGGAGGGAGACGCAAAGGGACAAUCAUCAAGGAGGGAGGUCGAGACGAAAUUCAGGUCUCUCCCCCGAAGGCAUGAAGGUGAAGCGAGGUAUCAGGCCAUUGGCAGGAGUGACCCCAAGUACCAGUCCCUUCCUAAGAGGCACAGUAGUGCUGAGACCAGGUUCACAGCUGUUCCUAAGAAGCGGGAUGGUGACCCUACACCUCCACCGAGUUCCUCGCCAAAAAGACGUGUUGGAGACUCAACUCACUCAUCCUCAUCGCCGAAGAGACGAGAAAGCCUUCCAAGUCACAUACCAUCUUCACCCAAGAGAAGAGACACAGGACCAGAUCAUGGGCAUGCACCACUCUCGCCUAAAAGGCGUGACACAAUGCCCAGUCAUAUGCCAUCAUCUCCAAAGAAAGGUGAUGCUGCCCCAUCUGUCUCGCCCAUAAAACAUGAGGUCUCAGGAGAGCAGCAGUCACAUAAACAUGAGGUGAUGCAAGGGCCGCAACAAACGAUGUCACCCAAAAGACGGGGUUCUGAACCCAAGUACCAGCAAAUUACACCGAAGAGGUAUGACUUUGAUCCUAAGUUUCAGGUUCUGCCGACCACAGGGAUUGAUGGUGAACCUACAUACCACAUUCAUCCCCCAAAACGACCUGAUGUGGAACCGAAGUAUCCGGAAUUGCCGCCCAAACGGUACGACAUCGAUCCCAAAUACCAAACACUGCCUCACAAAAGAUAUAAUUAUGAUUCCAAGUACCAUUCUGUACCACAUCCCCUCCCGAGGCAUGACAUAGAAUCAAAAUAUGAAACUGUCCCUUUAAAAAGACAUGACCAUUUUGACCAAAGAUACCACCGAGUGUUACCACCAACUGUAGAUCUAAGAUACCAUCCUCUCCCUCCACGUCGGUGUGACCCUGGCCCAAGAUACCAGACCAUACCACCAGUGAGGCAUGAUGUGGAGCAUAGACACCAUUAUAUUCCUCAUCCGAGGAAUGAUGAAUCAAAAUUUCAGCCCAUUCCAAUAGGAAGGCCAGACCUUGAACCUAAGUAUCAGCCACUACCAGCCCCGAGGCCAGAACUAGAACCAAAGUACCAGCCACUACCAGCCCCGAGGCCAGAGCUAGAACCAAAGUACCAGCCUCUGUCAGCCCUAAGGCCAGAAUUAGAACCAAAGUACCAGCCAUUACCAGCACCCAGACCAGAUCUAGACCCCAAAUACCAACCAUUACCAGCCCCUCGGCCAGACCUGGAACCGAAAUAUCAACCACCACCAGCUCCUAGACCACAGUUAGAGCCAAAAUUCCAGCCCAUACCAGCCCCAAGGCCAGAUUUAGAGCAAAAGUUCCAGCCCAUUCCUGCACCCAGACCAGAUCUAGAAGCAAAGUUCCAACCCAUACCAGCCCCUAGGCCAGAACUAGAGCCCAAGUUCCAGCCCAUACCAGCACCUAGGCCAGAAUACCACACUGCACCACACUGCCGACCUGAUUUGGAAUCUAAAUAUCAACCCCUUCCACCCAGACGCCCAGACCAAGAGCCCAAAUAUCAACCUUUGCCACCAGGAAGACCAGAUCUCGAACCAAAAUACCAGCCAUUACCCCCAAGGCCUGAUAUAGAGCCGAAAUACCAACCAUUACCUCCUAGGCCAGAUAUAGAACCAAAGUACCAAAUGCUACCACAUGAACGGCCAGAUAUUGAACCGAAGUACCAGCCACUGCCACCUAAACGUCCUGAUAUAGAACCAAGGUACCAUCAGCAUAUGCCACCAGGUCGACCUGAUGUUGAACCAAAAUACCAGCCUUUACCACAGAGACGACCAGACAUAGAACCUAAAUACCAGCCACUGCCGCCAAGACGACCUGAUAUAGAACCCAAAUACCAUCCAGCUCCUUUGAGACGCCCUGAUAUAGAGCCAAAAUUUCAACCACUGCCUCCACCAAGGCCAGACAUUGAACCGAAAUAUCAGCCUCUGCCACCUAGACGACCUGACAUUGAGCCAAGUUUCCCUCCACAGCUUCAGAGACGACCAGAUAUAGAGCCAAAGUAUCAGCCACUGCCACCAAGACGACCUGAUAUUGAACCCAAAUUUCAGCCUCCACCAGUAUCGGCAGGUCGGCCCGAUCUGGAGCCAAAAUAUCAGCAAAUGCCACCUAAGACUCAUGACUAUGAGUUCCAGCCUAUACCUUGUGUAAAGCCAAGCUACGACCCCCGUGAUCCAGCCAUGGCACCGAGGAGAACAGACUAUGCUUUCCACACCAUCCCAACCAUACGGUCUGAGAAUGAGCCCAAGUUCCAGCCUAUGCCAAUAAGGAGACCCGAAGUAGAAAGAAUACCUUUCUCAAUUCCAGUUAGUGUGGACAACAAACUUCCACUGGAUAUACCAAAACCGUACAAUGGUGACCCCAAAUUCCACACAGGUCCACCAAGGGCUAAUGAGCCUCAGCCAGGAUUCCAGAUGGUUCCUCCAAGGACAAGAAAUGGGGAGCCUACCUACCAGACAGGUCCCCUGAAGGUGCAAGUGACAGAGUCUCAUGUAAGGCAGAAUGAGGCUCCUUUGUAUGAAACUUUGCCAGCUAAGCUUCACACCCCUGAAUUGCUGACUAGAGCUUCUUUACCUCCAAAGGCUUGUGAUGUUGAAACUUAUGGCCAGCCAGUUCCCCCUAAGUUCAUGGUGUCCCAUCAGACAUCUCCCAAAGCAGCUGAUCGUGAGCCUUUGUACCAGAUGAUUGGUCCCAAGGUAACAGAGCGAGAACCUUUGUAUCAAAAAAUUGCACCUAAAGUAAGUGAAACUCUGUAUUGCACUGCGCCCGUCAAGCCUGAAGAUGAUGAUGGUCCACCAUACACUGUGAUGUCACCAAAAAUAUGUGAACCACCUCCUCCACCUUAUCAGACGAAACCAAGUGAUUCACGGAGUUUCUUCCCUCCGCCGUCGCCUGAUCCUGCAGACGAGGCCCCUGUAUACCAGGCAGUAACGCCAGAGAUGAUCCAAGACGUCAAAUCCAAUUACCGACUUCUCCAGGCCCGCAAGUUGGAGAAGGAAAUGUUGAAAUUACAGGGUGUCCCCAAGAGGAUAAAAGGAGAUAAGUAUCACUCCCCUACAAAGAGAACUUUCAGGGAAGGAGAUUCGAAAUACCAAUCAUUCCCCAAAAGAGCUCAUAAAGUGCGAUGGAGUCCCGGCGAUGAUGACGGCAUUUACUCCAGCUUGGAGUACCCCAGCGAGGGCCCACGGAGCGAGGGGGCAUUGAGCGACGAUAUCUACUCCAGCAUAGAGACAACGGACGGAGAUCCGCUUUAUCAGAGUGUCGGCGAAGCGAAGUAUUCACGGCCUCAGCCGCCCCUACCUGCCCCACUUCGGUACCGCCGGCGGGCAGACGAUGCACCUCCGCCCUUGCCUCCCCCUCGCCUGACCACGGGACCCGUAGGACCUCACAAUCCUCUUAUAUCUCCAGGAUCUAUACCUCCGCCCAUUAUUCCCGAGCGAGGCCCUAUACUCCCGGGCGCGGGAAUGAGAGCAUCGUAUCCAGGGACGACCAGCACCACCCCCAGUCCAGAUAACCUGCUCAUGGUGCAGUCGACGCCCACGUGGCCACAAACAACACGGGCCGAAGAGGAGGACGACGUGUACUCGUCCAUCCCUUCCCUCAUUAGCUCCACCCCGGACUCCCCCCCUGCCACGCUUCCUCGCACGGCCCCCGUAGGACGCGUGGCCCCGUCGGCGUCCUGGAACUCCCUGGGCUCCUCCUGUAAAUCUUCCCUGGAUUCCCUGCGAUCCGAUGGUAGCACCAACGUACGUCAACGCAGACGCCGCGCACGCUCGGACCCGCGCAUGGACGCCGGGGUUCUGCAUCGCCUGGCCUUCACCGUGUGGCAUACUGCAUUACACAUCGAGAAAGAGGUCAGGAGCGGCGGCUGA